CCGGCCCACACACGUGAAGUUCUUUAAAGAAUACUUGGCAUAUUGUAGUUUUUACUAAAUCUAAGUUGCUUCUGUCACUACUGCUACUAUCUCAAUGUUACUUGCUUCUUUAAAGUUAUAGGAAUGUAGUUUUAUUGAGGAUGCUUUAAAGAGGGUGAAUUAAAAGGAAUAAGGGCAUUACCACCUGAAUUUUUAGAUUUAUAUAUCUUCAAAUGACUCAGUAAUUGUUCCCUCUAGGAAAUCUGCAAGUAUUCAUUGUGUUUUGAAUACUGAAAAGAAAUUAUCUUUGAAACCACAUUUAUUCAUUUAAUAAACAUUUAUUCAAGCCUCGCUACGCAGGAAGCACUUUGCUAGGUAGUGCGGGACGUACAAAAGUGACUGUGAUAGAAUCUCUGGGUUUUAAGGAGCUCUCAGCCCAGUGAGAGGCAGAGACAUAAAGUGAUGUAAUAAUAGAAGGUAACGGGCAUUCUUCAAAAUGCCGCACCUGGAUCGACCUAGAAGCAGGAUGUAAUUUUCCAAAGAAGCCAAUGGGAUAGAAACAGUCCCUUAUCUUCAGUUCUGAAUUUAAAAAACCAAACAAAAUGAACCUCUGAAAACUGAAUUCUUUCUUUGAUAGGUUGGUGCAAACUCAAUUGCUUACAAAACCUGGGCUGAACUGUUGCGAGGCAAUAGUUUUAUCUUCUUUCCUAGCAUGUGAAUGUUCACAACAUUUGCUGAAAAACACCAGGGAUGAUAUGUCACAUCCAGUAAAUGCAUCACCAGAUUCCCUUUCACAUCUGGCCCCGGAAUCCCUGGAAAAGGGAUGGUGGGCCUGUCUAACUGGAUAUUUUACAGCCAAGGAACACUAAGCUUCAGAGGAGUUAGACGGUGUGCUUCAGUCCCAAAGCUUGGGAGCGGCGCAAUCAUCUGUUUAGUCUGCUUUCUUCUGGAACUUUUCCACCAGCUUUAUUUGCCAUAAAAAGUGAAGAAGCUAAGUCUGCAUGCUUGGCUCAGCCCAUCCUAAUGGUAAACAUUAGGCCUGUUUUGCGUAUAAGUCACAGAAGUCUGCUUGAGGAGUGGACAAAAGGGGGCAGGGCGGGCAAGGUAUGAUUAGGAUAUGGGGUGCCCUGGUUGGAAAGUAAAAUUUGUAUUCUCACAAAAUUUGUAUGUUGCCCUGAGGACACCGCGAGAAGGCACCCUCUAUAAACAGGAAGGGAGCAAGCCCUCACCAGACGCCCAGCCUGCGGACGCCUUGAUCUUAGACUUCCCAACUCCAGAACGGCAUCGGCAAGAACGUCAUCUGCGACCGCACGGCCACGCCGCUGGACGCCUUCCGCAUGACCUCCGCCGCCCACUACUACCCCAAGCUCAUGAGCAUCAUGGGCAACGUGCUGCGCUUCCUGCCGGCCUUCGUGCGCAUGAAGCAGCUGAUCGAGGAGGGCUACGUGGGCGAGCCGCUGGUGUGCGAGGUGCAGGUGCACGGCGGCAGCCUGCUGGGCAAGAAGUACAACUGGAGCUGCGACGACCUGAUGGGCGGCGGCGGCCUGCACUCCGUGGGCACCUACAUCAUCGACCUGCUCACCUUCCUCACCGGCCAGAAGGCCGUCAAGGUCCACGGGCUGCUCAAGACCUUCGUGAAGCAGACGGACCACAUCAAGGGCAUCCGCCAGAUCACCAGUGAUGACUUCUGCACCUUCCAGAUGGUGCUGGAGGGUGGGGUGUGCUGUACGGUCACCCUCAACUUCAACGUGCCCGGCGAGUUCAAGCAGGACGUCACUGUGGUGGGCUCCGCCGGGCGCCUGCUGGCCGUGGGCACCGACCUGUAUGGGCAGCGCAACAGCGCCCCGGAGCAGGAGCUGCUGGUGCAGGACGCCACGCCGGUGAGCAACUCCCUGCUGCCCGAGAAGGCCUUCAGCGACAUCCCCUCGCCCUACCUGCGCGGCACCAUCAAGAUGAUGCAGGCGGUGCGCCAGGCCUUCCAGGACCAGGACGACAGGCGCACGUGGGACGGGCGGCCCCUCACCAUGGCCGCCACCUUUGACGACUGCCUGUAUGCCUUGUGCGUGGUGGACACCAUCAAGAGGUCCAGCCAGACGGGCGAGUGGCAGAACAUUGCCAUCAUGACCGAGGAGCCAGAGCUGAGCCCCGCCUACCUGAUCAGCGAGGCCAUGCGCCGCAGCAGGAUGUCCCUCUACUGUUAGCACAGACUGGGGACCUCGGGGACUUGAGCCUUCUGCGGGGGAUGUCCACAGAGAGGGAAAGGUGACGGUGGCCAUGGGCAAUGUGGGGAUCGGGGAGAUGGAGGGACAGUGUGAAUAAAUGGCAUCUGGGAAGGUAAACUCCAGUCCCGGGGACCACCCCAAACCAGACUGCUGGUGGGCUGAGCCUGCAGCCUGGAAGCAUUCAGGAGGGCCUGCCAUUCCCGGGUUGACCCCUGCUGGGUAUUUGCACCAGAGUGGUUUGGUUUAGCUGCCUCUGCUGCGCUUUACUGUGACAAGCAAGGAGGGGUUGCUUCCCUCCCUACCUCAUCCACCCCUCACACACCUUGACCUCCUGCAAGCCAAGUGGGCCUGCAAGGUCAAGGCACCAGUAUCAGAUGCAAACUCAGUGCCCGGGACACCCACCACUGGCAGGAGAAGGCUCAUUUUCACAGUCUACAGAAGCCUGUUAGGCUGGGGUUGGGGGGUGGUAUAGGCUGUUGGGAAAGUUCAGAUUCCAGGAAGCUGCUAUUUGUUGAAUGUAAGGUAUCUGAGGGCAAAAGUACUUAGUAGCCAAGUGGGCAGCUUUUGACUGAUUGGGCUUCCUCAUAGGAAGCACUGAGAGUGUGUCUUCGCACUUGGUUCAUUGCCCUUCACCUGGUGGAGAGAGGUCAGAAAUAGCAAGCAGAAAGCAGGACUCCCCGAAGCCACAAGGAAAGAGCUCAGAUUGCACCAAAACAGGGGGAGCAGAGAAUAAAAUUGCUUCUUUGAACUUGUCAACAAUUUAAAAACUGCAGAGUCACCUUAUAACUUUAUUUCCAGUAAAGGUGAAAUUGAGUGUCACAGGGAUUACUGAGGUGUUAAGGUAGCCCUGCCACAUGGCUCUCCAGGCAGUGCCAAGAAGCCAGCACAAGUAUGGGUUUGACCAUAAGCUCAAAUGCUGCCCCCAAAGACUGGGGACAGCUGUGUGCCUCAGUGUUGCAGUGUGAAUUCCCUAACAAGGUAAAGUGAGACUAGCCAGGGAGGUGUUCGGGGCUCCAUUACCCAUCUCGCCCACCAAGCUGGCAAGAGCUUUUAGGAGAUUCAUCCAGCUUUAUGGAAAAAGGAAGACUUCAGUUCCAAUCAGAAUCCUGUUUUCUUAAAAAAAAAAAAAAAAAUUUUUUUUCUUGGCUCCAGCACUUGCUUUCAGGAUUCCGACACCAGAGAAUUUAGGGGUAGGUACUAAACUAAACAAAACAAAAGGACAACAAGGAACAUUAUUUCUAGUGUUUCUAAGGGGCCAUACUUAGCAUUGAGAAGGCUAAUGGUGGAAAAAACAUGUUCUUCUAAUUGAUCUCCUGUGUCUCUUGUCUUUGCGCACUCUGCUUACAGAGCUUUUGUUAGAGAUGCUGACUGCAGGCUGGAAGCAGGCAGUGCCAAAAGGGAACACAUACACACACAUACACACAGACACACAGAGACAGACAGACACACACACACACACACACACACACACACACACAGAUUUGUGAAUGCUUGCUACCAUCAAAUGUUACUGAAAUCAUUCUUAAAAAUUCAGAUCUGGUCUUGAAAGAAAGAUCAAGUCAAGCACAUUCAGAGAACAGGGAAUUAUCCUUUGUUAUCUUUGCUUAAUCCUUCACCCCACAUAAAACAUUUGUCUAGGGUGAACUUGGAAGCCAUUCCUCAUAAGUCUAUGUAGCUUUUGUUCACAGGCUCACUGAAGUCCAACAGGUGUCUUUACAUGCAGCUGAGGUUUAGAGUUCUUUUCAGAUAGCUGGCAUUAGAACUAGAAGGGAAUCUAAGAGGCCUGGAGUCCACCCCCAACCUUAGUAGGCAAAAUCUGAGAAUGAACAGCGCAAUCAGUUGCAUCCUUCAUUGACCUCCAUAGGGUCAAAAUACUUUGAAGCCUGGCUACUCAUAGAUGCAAGUGUGGUGUGUCCAAACACCAGGGGAAUGUUGGGCAUUUUCUAGUACAGAGAAGUAUUGCCUUUCUGGAAAGAGUCACCCUGCUUCAUGGGACUUUGCUGCAGCACUGCAGGGUCGGUCAGCUGAAACUCCGUGCCUGGUUCAUUUGGUCCCUCACCUGUUGUUGACAGACUUCACGGUCAGCGUUCCUGCUCUUGCAGCUAUCAGUCCCAAACUGGAGAUUUACUGGAAUGGAAGUCUCCCCAUAAUAGUUUGAACAGACGGCCAUGUCAUGGACUGUUUUAGUUCUCGUUCUUCUAAAUUGCUCUCGGGGAAAGUAGUUUUUGUGGAAACAUUGGAAUUAUUAUUUUUUUUUU